ACAUCAGAAGUAGCAAGUAUUCCCGCCUGGUGCGUACUAUGCACACUGGAAGUUAAGCAGCAGGCAGCAGCUUUGUGAACAUUUAUCCAGUAUAAUCUUGGAGAACUUGAUUGAUUAUAUAGGCAGGCAUGGCAAGUCUUUCGGGCGUCUCCAAUUCACCUAUUCUGGAAGUUCUUAACCGUAAUAACUAUAAAAGUUGGAGGUUGCGGAUGAAGACUUAUUUGUUAGUUGAAGAUCUAUGGGAGGCUGUCGAAGCAAUCAGGGAACCUGCUGCAAAACCUGAAGAUGAUGAACUCGAACACAAGGCUUGGAAGAAGAAGAACGUUAAGGCUUUAUACGCAAUCCAAAAUUCCUGCGGGCCGGAGAUGUUUCAUUUUAUAAGCGAAACUGAAACUGCCAAAACUGCAUGGGAGACUUUGGAAAAAGUUUCGAUAUUAAGAGGAAAUAAUGUUGAGAACAGUGCUGAAAACUUCAAGCCCUACAUACCGUUCACCAAAUUUGUGAGCGAAGGUGAUUGGGAUAAGGCAAAGGAGUGCCUUAAACUUAAAGGACUAGACCUCCUCAGCGCCGUAAGAGCAAUAGAUCCGAAAGACGAGUAUGGAGACGCAGCCAUUCACGUUGCAGCCAUUAAAGGGCAUGUGAAUAUCGUGAAAGACUUGAUGUUGUUGAUGCCCCAAGAAGAUUUGAGAAUGAAAAACGCUAAAGGUUGCACAGCUCUUCAUUUAGCAGUAUUCAAUGGGCAACUGCAUACUUCGAAAGAGUUGGGGCUGUUGAUGGGAGGAGAAAUAGACAGCGUUGGGUACACAGCCCUCCACUAUGCAGCCCAUUAUGGGAAGGUGGGCAUUUUGAAAGAGUUGGUGCUCUGUAUGAGACCAAAAGACUUGAAAAUAAAAGACAACAAUGGUUACACAGCUCUUCACCUAGCAGUCAAGAAGGGAAAUGUGGCUAUGAUGAAAUAUUUAGCGGCGUUGAUUGGAGAAGUGAGAGGCCCUGAUGGUGACACUGCUCUUCACCUAGCAGUCAAGUUGGGGGCUGCAGAAGUUGUGAAAGAGUUGGUGUUAUUGAUGAGAGGGGAAGAUUUGGCAAUAAAAAAUGAUGAAGGUUAUACAGCUCUUCACUUGGCAGUAAAGAAGGGUAACGUGAAAGAGUUCAUGACAAAAGAAGAAGAGCGUGACUUUGAUAGCCAUAUUCAGUUCACCUCUUAUGUAACAGAAGGUGAAUGGGAUAAUGCAAAGGAGUGCCUUACAAAACUAGAUGAUCCCUGUGAUGCAAUAACUAUAGUGGAUCCAAGGGACGGAUAUGGAGACACUGCUCUUCAUGUAGCAACUAGACAAGGGCAUGUGCAUAUUGUGAAAGAGUUGAUAUCAUUGCUGAAAGUGAGACAAGAAAUUCAGGAAUUGCAAACUAUAGAAGAUAUCAUAGCUUUUGGUUCUGGUAUAAAUUUAGGGGUCACUGAAGAAGUUGUCAGGAAAAAGGCCAAGUACAUGGUCGAGCAGUACGAGAAGUUGCUUACCAUUACUUUGGAAGUACAAAAUACACAAGGUUCCACAGCUGUUCACAUAGCAGCAUCUAAUGGUAAUUUAGAUAUUUUUAAAGAGUUGAUGCCAUUAAUGAGAAAAGAAGGUUUAGAGAUACAGGAUGCUGCAGGAUUCACAGCUCUUCUCAAUGCAGUGGAGAAGGGUAAUAUCGAAAUUGUGAAAGAGUUGUUGCCAGUGAUGAGACAAGAAGGUCUGGAACUAAAAACAACCAAACAUGGCUACAAUGCACUUCACCUUGCGAUCAUGAAUGGGCAUAUGAAUAUUGCGAAAGAGGUAAUGCCAUUUAUGAGAAAAGAAGCUUUGGAAGAAAAAGACGGUGCAGGUUAUACAGCUCUAGGUUGUGCGUUAGAUGUACGCAGGGAUGGAGACGUGAUGGAAAUAGCCAAGUAUAUGGCUGAAAACAACACCAAAGUAUUUGGCGUACGCGUGCCUCCUUCUAGUUGGAUUCCAUUACUCAGGGCCCUCGAUAAUAGCAGAUGGGAUCUGUGUCGUUGUCUUUAUCCUCUUACUCCGUUGGAAUAUUUAAUGCCUGAGCACGGGAAGGCUGGUGCGCAGUUGAUUGUCGAUUGCUUUAGAGCGAAGCAGCUUGAUAUGGUCUUGGACUUACUUCGGCGUUGCUCUGGAUUAGCCAUCGUCAUCAGUCCAACUGGUGAUGCAUGGCCCCCCAUAAUGGAAUUGGCUCGCAUGAGCUCUGCAUUCUUAAGUGGAACUCAACUUGGCUUUUGGCAACGUUUGAUCUAUAAUUGGUUGCGCAUAGAACCUGCUAAUUUAAGCACUCUUCAUACUUGCAUCAAUAUUCCACAACAAGAGGAUAAUCGAGACAAUCAAAUUGAUCUCAUUCGCUCAGUGACAACUUUAUACAAGAAACUCGUAUACCGUCUCUUUACACUUCUAGGAGUCAUUCACCUACAUGAAAUGAAAUGGAUCCAUACUCGAAGCAUUGACAUUUUACGUUGCAUUAGUGAAAUGCUAAAAAAGGAACCUCCUACAUCAUCACAACUUAACAUCGUUAGAAAAUCGAUGUUUAAAGCUGUAGAACACGGGAAUGUUGAGUUUGUUACUCAUAUAUGUGAAGCACAUCCAUCACUGGCAAAUUCACGUGAAGAAAGCAAAAAUAUAUUUCAGUUUGCGGUUGAAUGUCGUCAACAUAAAAUUUUCAGCCUUAUAUACGGAAUCAGUGAAGAGGAUCAGAGAUUAAAUGGACUACGUGGGGUAAAUUAUCCAGAGAAUAUAUUACAUUUGGCAGGGAAAUUAUCUCCACUCUCAAGGUUCAAUCGUAUUCGCGGUGCAGCUUUGCAAAUGCAACGAGAACUACAUUGGUUCAAGGCGGUAGAGGAUAUUGUACCUCUGCAGAUGCGUGAAAUUCCAAAUUCAGAUGGUAUGACACCACAUGAACUGUUUACCAAGAAUCAUGAGGCACUAAAAAAGGAGGCAGAAGAUUCGAUGAAAGGAACAGCAACUUCUUGUACUGUUGUCGGCGCUCUUAUAGUUACCAUGAUGUUUGCUGCAGCAUUUACAGUUCCUGGUGGAAAUGAUGGCAGUACAGGUGUCCCAAUGUUUCUAGCUAAGAAGUUGUUUAUGGUGUUUAUAAUUUCAGAUACUCUAUCACUCGUUUCUUCCACAACUUCAGUCAUAUUAUUUUUAGGAAUCCUCACGUCACGUUAUGCAGAAGAUGAUUUUCUCAAGCAUUUGCCGACAAAGAUGAUGUUAGGUCUUUCCACCCUUUUCAUCUCUAUUGCCACCAUGAUGAUUGCCUUUUCUUCUGCCCUCAUCAUUAUGCUCUAUAAAGAAUACUCAUGGGCUGUUAUUCCUAGCAUUUUUGCUGCUAGUAUUCCAGUUGCCUCAUUUAUAUGGUUGCAAUUUCCCCUCCUUAUUGAGAUAAUAUGGUCAACUUAUGGACCAGGAAUAUUUGACAAGAAACUGAAGAAAGGCAAACCAUGGAUUAAACUCUGAUGCUGAUCUUUGGUUUUGCUCAAGGGAAGGAGGUGCGGCACAUCCUUGUGAGUAUGACUUCUGUAAACACAGCAUAACUCUGCUCGAUUAUAGUACAAAAAUAAGAGCUAGCUUUUUCCAAUGUAAUAUGUUAUUGUGGAUCCUAUAUAAGUGCUUUUGAAUUUCUGAUUAUUCCAGUUUGCAUUCUGUUUGGCAAUAAAAAUACAGAUGAGCUGGAUUCAUAGUGCUGAGUGUCCUGAUGGGGAUAUGUACUACCAGAAUCUGUGUAAGAACGGGUUUAAUAAGUGUGUUGUGUGUUAAGGAUGGAAUUUCCUUCAUACUGGCUCUUUC